AGCAACGACACUGAAGGGAGCGAAUCGGACGCCUCGCGCAAACGGUUGAAGAGCAGUCCGAGCUCGGUGGACAGCAGACCCCCUCGGGCAUCUUUGUUGUCGAAAGAGGCGUUUGCCGAGGAGGCUGUUAUCGACAUUAUCCAUGGCGCAGAUGUAACGUCAGGAGAACACAAGGACAAGUUCAAGAAUCCCUGGGAAGACGAAGACUUCCAAACUGUUUCUCUUCAGUAUCCGAGCCGGAGUCAACAGGAACGGUUCGAGCUGAAGUUCCCAAUUCAAGCAGAAGAUUACAAGCCCAUGGAGGACAUCACCGAGACAAUCAAGACCAUCUGCACAUAUUACUUCCCAGCAGAGCUCGCCACGAAGUACAGUCACGAUGAGGCCGGCUACGCACGACGCUUCAAUCGGGCCUGGCAGCGUCAAAGCGUCGAGGACUUUAUCGAAGUCAUCAACGACUUCAACACUACCCUUCAGGACCUUCUCUCCGAUGGCUCCAUUCAAACACGACUCAGCGGACACCGCAACAUCGAUCUCGAGUGGAUCCAGCGUAUCAUCGAUCAAAUCUACGCCCGCACUGUCAGUUGGAAAGUCGAGACUUUACGGCGGUACGAGAAUUUCAGCAACAACGUCUACGGCGAACUCCUCCCGCGCUUUUGUAGCGAGAUUUUUCAGAAGACAGGCCUCAACCACAAGCAGAUCUUCGUCGACCUCGGCUCCGGCGUGGGCAACGUUGUGCUUCAAGCGGCGCUCGAGAUUGGAUGCGAGUCCUGGGGCAUCGAGAUGAUGGACAAUCCUUGCGAACUGGCCGCUUUGCAAGCGAGAGAGUUCCCCGCUCGGACUCGUCUCUGGGGUCUCUCGGUCGGAGAAGUGCACCUCCUCAAAGGCGACUUUACUAAGAACGAGGAGAUUCUCGAGGUCCUCAAGCGCGCGGACGUGGUGCUGGUCAACAAUCAAGCGUUCGACCCGGCGCUCAACGACACAUUGCGGGACAUGUUCCUUGAUCUCAAAGAUGGCUGUCGAGUAGCCAGUCUGAAACCAUUCGUGCCUGUGGGACACAAGAUGGCGAUGCGAAAUAUUGACUCGGUGGUCAAUCAGUUCACGCAGCAAAAGUUUGAGUACUGGUCGGACUCAGUCAGCUGGGGUGCGGACCAUGGGGAGUACUUCGUGGCGACGAAGGAUCCGAGACCAGCCAGGGCGUUUAUG